UUACGUUGCGUGUGAAUAAAACAAAGUUAAGCCCAUUUCACGUGACCGUGAAGCAAAUUAAAGCCCCGUAAAAUACUUCAUCCGCAUUCCUCAUCUUUCUAUCAAUCGAUUUAGUUCAGACGUAAAUUCGUUGAUGCCACAGCAGUACUGCAACAUUUUUCUGGAGGUCUCAGAAGUCCAACACAGCGUCAAAUUUAGAAGUGGAAUAUUUGGCUUUGGACAUUAAAAGAUAUGGGAAACUUAAUGCUGGAUUAAAGACUUAUCCAAUUAUUUCCGGCACGGUAGCAUCUCUCAGAGGCCUACUUUGUCCUAUCAAGAUGGAACCUGAUGUUUUAGCAAAUGGCAAUACAACACCAGCAGCUGCCCCUCAAUCUUCAAUACGUCAAAAUGACCAUCUUACCGAGUCAUUGAAGCUCGAAGAUCAACUUAUGAGAGUACCAUUUGAACAUCUAAAGAAAUCAAUGAGGGCGAGCAGUAGAAUGGUUGAGAAAGAGAUGAAUGCUGUGGUGACUGGGGUUGCAGAAGCUGUGGAAAGGGAUAUGUCAAAAGAAGAGGCUGUGCAACACCUAACUUCUCUUGUAUCUCGACUUCAAGGUCUGAAAAGAAAGCUAGAUGAGAGCAACAAGAGUGAGCAGUUGAAGGUUCAGAAAUGCCGAGUAAGGUUAGACCAUUUGAGUAUGCUUCAGACAGAAAACCAACAUGAAUGGAAUAGCACACGUGUGAAGAGAAUUCUUGUUGACUACAUGCUACGCUUAUCCUAUUAUGACACUGCCAUGAAGCUUGCCGAAAGCUGUAACAUACAGGAUCUUGUUGAUAUUGAUGUUUUUAUGGAUGCAAAGAAGGUGGUUGAAUCCUUGCAGAAUGGGGACUGUGCUCCUGCUUUAGCUUGGUGUGCUGAGAACAAAUAUAAGUUGAAGAAGUCUAAGAGCAAGUUUGAGUUCCAGCUUAGAAAGCAAGAGUUUAUUGAGCUUGUAAGGGUUGACCAAAGUAUGGAUGCAAUUGCAUAUGCUCGAAAACACCUUGCACAGUGGGGCAAAACCUAUCUAAAAGAUCUUCAACAAGCAAUGGCAACACUUGCUUUCAAAAGUAAUACUGAUUGUGCGACCUACAAGAUAUUGUUUGAUGCAAAGCAAUGGGAUGAUUUAGUUCAGCUAUUCAAGCAGGAGUUCUGCAAACUGUAUGGAAUGACUCUUCAACCACUGCUGAAUAUUUACUUACAAGCUGGAUUAACUGCCCUUAAGACUCCAUUUUGCUAUGAGGAGAACUGCACAAAAGAAGAUCCAUUGUCACAGGCAGACUUCCGCAAUCUUGCAUCAUCUUUGCCUUUCUCAAAGCACAUCCAUUCUAAGCUUGUCUGUUACAUUUCAAAAGAACUAAUGGAUGAACAUAAUCCACCACUAGUUUUACCAAAUGGAUAUGUGUACAGCACUAAGGCUUUGGAAGAAAUGGCCAAGAGAAACAAUGGAAAAGUGACCUGUCCGAGGACUGGCUUAGUUUGUAAUUUGACAGAUCUUCAAAAAGCUUUCAUUUCAUAGAUUUCUUAUGAAUGUAUUCUUUGUAUUUACGGUCCGAGGAAUGCAAUUCAAUUAGGAAUUUCAUUUUGCUCCAUUUUAGAUUCAAAGACUGUUGAUUGACUAAUUGGUUCAAGCCAUUAGAUCUUCAAUGAAUCGUUCAAAUUUAUGACUGUAAAUAUCAAUUCAUUCAACGCAUACCAUAGAACUUAUAUGAUUUUUUA